AUGCAACAUGAUGCAGUCUUGGGUGAUGAGGAAUUUAUUUUCGAAGAAAUUGAGAAACGCCUUACUAGACGUAACAGCGUCAUACUAUUCAACUGUCCUGAAUCUGUGCACGCGGAUAUUGAGUCCAGAUCCAUAGCGGACUCAGCUCUUGUCAACAAAUUCUGUUCUGCUCUUGAUAUUGAUGUGCCCUCUUCGCAGUUCCGUGUCGAACUUCUUAAGGGCCAAGAAGGCCAGGCAACUUCCUCCGGAUCUCAAUCUGGACAACGUGAUAAUAACGCACGAUCGAACUUGGAGACAACAACAACAGCACAAACACACUCGGGAAGAACUUCAGCGUCGUAUUGCGGAUGGGGAGAACAAUCUUCGACUAGUGACGAGGCGUGGCAGGACGAUCAUCUCCAGCAAGCCUCCUCCUCGUCAGGGACAGGAAUAGAGCGCUCUUCAAUUUUGAAUACUUCGUGUGAUCAACGUGAGGCAUUCAGGGGAUCAGGUGGUGGCGUAUUAAUUGCCUGCAAUACUUCUGUGCAAGUCCAGUGUAAUAAUCUAGAUCAAAUAAUUGAACAGUUCCCUCAAAUUGAUGUUGUUAGUGUUACUGUUGGCUUGAAUCCUGCAAUUGAUAUUAUAGCACUCUACGUGCCGCCUGAUCUGCACAUUCAAGCCUACUCGGACUUCCUAGAUGCCUUAUCAACCCACCGCACUGUUGAUGCAAGGGAGCUGGUGGUUAUCGGUGACUUUAAUUCACCUCACUUCUAUUCUUAUGUCAAUAAUGGAUAUGUAUGUGCCAAGGCUGAGAUAAUACACUCUUUUUCGUGUUUCCUUAACUUAAUUCAAUAUAAUAAUGUGCUAAACUCAAUGGGUAGACUAUUAGACUUAGUAUUUGGCACCAUAGAAUGCGCUACUAUGAUUAAUAAUGAACCUCUUCUCAAACUUGACCCUUAUCAUCCAGUACUGUCAAUAUCAUUACAAACCAUUAUUAACCGUGGUAAAAAUAUUACUAAAGUCCCAGUUAGUAGAUACAAUUUUCAUAAAUACGAUAAAGGUUCACUUAUGGAUGCUCUUGGCAGUGUAAGCUGGGACUUAAUGAAUAAUCUACUUCCGGAGGAUAUAUGCAGAGCUUUCUAUCAGCUUAUAGAAUCAGCCUUUGAUAGGUCCCUACCAAAGACUGGUGCAUGUUCUAAACAGGACAAUUCUAAUUAUCCACCGUGGUUCACUUGGGACAUCAUUUGUGACUGUAAACUCAAAGAAACAUUUAGACAGAAAUUAUUAAAGCAUCCCUCUUCGUAUUAUAAAAGUCAAUAUGAUGCCCUUAGAGGUUCACUGAAGUUAAGGAUUAAAUAUGCCCAUAGAAAAUACCAAACCGAAGCUGAAAAUAGUCUAGCAAAUAAUCCUAAGAAUUUUUGGAGGUUCAUUAAGAAUAGUAAAAGGCAGAGUCAGUACCCUACUAGUUUUUGUAUUAAUAAUGUCACCAAUUCUGACCCGCAAUCUAUUGCUAAUGAGUUUGCCUUGCAUUUCAGUAGCGUUUUCAUUCCUUUUGACAACUCGGCUGAUCUCUCUAAUAUCAACACAAUCAGCGACUAUUUGGGUGGCAUAAUUUUUCCAAACAAAGCCACCAUUUUAAAGUACAUCAAACGGCUUCCUAACAAAAUGUCGGCGGGAAUAGAUGGCAUUCCAUGUCUCAUAGUUAAGGAUGCUGCUGCCUGCUUUGUCAAACCAUUGACUCAGUUAAUAAAAUGCUCUAUCAAACAUGGGAUAUUCCCAUCAUCAUGGAAAAACGCCAAAGUCUGCCCUAUACAUAAGGCUGAUGACCCAACUUCAGUCACUAAUUAUAGACCCAUCUCAAUAAUCUCUGUGUUUGCAAAGGUGUUUGAGAUGUAUGUCUAUGAUCAGCUGUUGCGGUAUGUCAGUGUAGCAAUUAGUAAUGCUCAACAUGGUUUCUUCUGCCGUCGUUCUACAGUUGAUGUUAUUCAAACAGACUUUGCUAAGGCGUUUGACAAGGUAGACACGGUUAUCCUUAUACAUAGACUUCGCGACCUUGGAUUACCCUCUUACUUACUUACACUAAUGAUGUCAUAUCUCACCAAUAGGCUCAACUAUGUCAUAUUUAAUGGAUUCCGAUCAGUACCCUUCAGUUCAACCUCCGGUGUACCUCAAGGUUCUAACUUGGGUCCAUUGUUAUUCCUAAUAUUUAUAAAUCCUCUCGAGAGUGUAAUAUCAUGUCCCUUUGAAUUAUUCGCUGAUGACGCUAAAUAUUAUACCCGCAUACGAUCGUGGACGGAUUGCCUUGAAUUACAAAGUAACGUAGAUGUUAUAGCAGCUUGGUGGAGGCUAAAUAAGCUUCAGCUUAACGAACGUAAAUGUGUGGUUAUUUCGUUUAGUAAAUCGAGUGCUGAUAUCCAAUAUCCCUACUCUAUCAAUGGUAUUGCUCUUAAUUACGUAUCUUCUUGUAGGGAUCUUGGGGUAAUAUUUGACAAUAACUUUGCAUUUACGAAUCACUAUUCUACCAUAGCUGCGUCAGCUCUCAGGACCCUAGGCUUUGUGAUAAGAGCAACAAAAAACUUUAGAAAUUUAGAAGCAGUUAAAAUGUUAUACUCCGCGCUUGUUCGUCCUAAACUGGAAUAUGCAUCUAUUAUUUGGUCACCGACCUACAAAAAGUACGCACAUUCAAUUGAGAAAAUUCAGCGGAAGUUUUUAAAGUAUUUGAUGUACAAAAUGACAGGGAAUUACCCUGCUCGCGGAGCUGAGUACUUGGAUAUAUGUCGCAGUGCUAAUAUCAUCAAUAAUAUUGAUAAUAAUAGUAGUAUUGAUAAUAAUGAUACGGGUAUUGAUCUCUUUGACUUUAACCAGCUGCUAACCACUAGCUCCAUUGCAUCUAUUCUCAUAGACAUGCGUAAUAAUAAUUGUUGA